AUGCCCGCGUCACAACAACAACCAUCACAGCAGCAGCAGCAGCAGCAGCAGCAACAGCAACAGCAACAGCAACAACAGUCAAAUAACAAGCUCAUUCAUAAUCAUCAUCAAAUUCUUCGGAAACCUUUACCUCCACAGAAACUGGGACCCGGACCUGCACCCCAGAUAAACCCGCAAAUGAACCACCAUCAUAACCAACAACAACAACAACCACCACCUAUUCGACCAUUCAUCAAACCUUUGGUAGUUCCACUCGCCUGUAAACCAAGACAAGUUUUGCCUAGAAAUGUUAUUGCGAGCGGUAGCAGUAGUACCAGUAGCAUAGUCAACAGUAGUAGUCACAGUAGUAACAAUAGCAAUAGCAAUAGCAAUAGCAGUAGCAGUAAUAGUAGCAGUAAUAAUAGUAAUAAUAAUACCAGUAGUAAUUGUAUCAACAGUAAUAACACCAACAUCAAUAGUUCAAACAACUCUAAUAGCAAUAACCUUCCGGCUACUAUCAAAUCCGCCCAGCCUUGUCCUCCUAAUACUAAUAAGCUUAAUACUAAUACUACUACAUCGACAAUUCUUCAGGCACAACAACAACAACAACAACAACAACAGCACCAGCACCAGCAGCAGCCACAUCACCUGCAAAAACAACCACAAUCACAACAAACAACUCCUGUUCCAAAGUUAACUUCUCCAAACCAACAAGCUUCUCAACUCAAAAUUAACCAUCAAGUAGGACACCUGCAAGGCCCUCAUGUGGUUGCACCUGCACCUGUUAUGCCACUUGCAGCUCCUGCGGUAAUUCCAAUGAUCUCGACCUCCAAGAAGUGGGUUCUUCCACCUAGACCUAAACCAGGCCGCAAACCGUGUUCCGGGUCAUCUUCUAAUUCAGCAGCCAAACGCAGAGCAGCCGCAGCCGCAGCAGCUUCUUCUUCAACAUCGACAUCAUCGACAUCAUCGACAUCAUCAACAUCGACAUCAUCAUCGUCAUCGUCAUCAUCAUCAUCAUCAUCGUCGUCAUCAUUAUCAUCAUCAUCUUCUUCAUCAUUAUCAUCAUCGACAAACUCUAAUAAACCAUCUUGCUCUCAUAAGAAAAAGAAUACAGCAUCUGGAGGGUCGCUGAAAAAACCCUCAAAACCUGCGGCUACCGAAAAGAAGACUCGCAAACAAGAAGCUCAAAAGCAAUUGGAUUCCCCAUUAACACCAAAAGUAACUGCACCAGAAACAACUACAUCAUCAUCAAAAUCAUCAUCAAAAUCAUCAUCAAAAUCAUCAUCAAAAUCAUCAUCAACAUCACCAUCAACAUCAUCAUCUUCAUCUUCAUCUUCAUCAUCCACCUCUCUUCAAAUCCAACAGCAUCACGGGUCAUUUCCAUUUUCUAUGACAUCGGACUUGGCCCGUAUCAAGAUUGAAAACAAUGAAUUUGACGAAGACCCAGAAGCAGUGCUAUCAAUUGUCAAUGAGAUUGUGCGCGAGGCUGUCACCAACAGUGGUAUUUUGGAUGAAAAUGAUAAUGACGACAUGCCUGACCUAUGUUCUCCGGGGAAUCCCAAUAAUAGCAGUACUCAAACAGAUGACCCUGUGGUCAAUGUGGAUGUUGACGUCCAAAUGGAUAUUGUGGAUAUGGUAUCUCCCUCCGUUCUUGAACAUCAUCAUCAACAACAACAGCAACAAGAACAAUCCGUGCUUCUUUCUCAAUUACCUUCCGGGCUGGUCCCGUUUGGAAGACCCGGCUUUGACAAUUCCUCAGAAUCCGCCGCUGCGGCCGUUGCUGCUGUUGCUGCUGCACAGAAUGCAGCCGCCGCUGCAGCCACCGCUCUUUCAGCCGCACAUGCGGGCUCCGGUACCGCACAACCAUCUUCAUCUCUUUCACAACAAUCUGCAGAUUCAACAACAACAGCAACAACAAAAUCAUCAUCAUCAUCAUCAACAUCAACAACAUCAUCAACAAAUAGCCCGACCAACAAAACAUCCCAAAAUGCUGAUACAAUUGUAUCGGCGGCUCCAUUCGACCUCAUGUAUGCUUCGCCAGCAGGGUCCUCCUCUUCAGCUUCUUCUACUGUGGGCCAACGUACUGCCCCAUCAUCAAUCUCACCACCAACAGCUUCAACAACCCCGGGAUCUCCACCGUUGGCUCUUCACCAACAUAAUCAACAACAACAUCAGCUCAAUGUUCCGGCUCUCCCUACUGCCACUCAGGACCCCAAGGGGUUUGAAAUCUCGUGUCUGCGGAUGGCUCUGGAGUCCACAACCCUAGAGAACCAAAUGCUGCAUGUUAUUAUUGAUGAGCUGAGAUCUGAGGUCGCAGCCUUGCGUGCAGCCAAGCAGCAGCAGCAGCUUAAUGUCCCGGCCACCAACACAUCCACCAUAACCAACACCACCACCAAAAUUAAGGCCGACCCAGAUGCACCCGAAACCCGUUUAACGGCGUUGCAAUCAUCAGUAGCUUCGGAAGCAGCAGCAGCAGCAGCAGCAGCAGCAGCAGCCACAACUACAACAACAAUUCGGCCAGGUCUUGCAGCAGCUCCUGUACAGCUACAACAGAUUGCAGACCUCAAGGCUGCGUCGGCCAGCAUGAUGCAGGCCUUGGCAGUUCUCAAGACCCGGGCUCCGCCCUUGACUCUUUCACAACCAUUGCACCAGUCUUGUUCCAUCCCGUCGGCCUUUUCACUGGCUGGACCCAGUCCCACAACUCUUUUUUCAUUUCAAACUCCCACCUUAUCGUUUCCUUCGUCAACUGCAUCCAUAACACCGCCUGCCUUGUCCACUACAACAACCACUGUCUCUGUGGCUGCCACUGGCAAUCCAGACUUUGCUGAAGACCCACUCAUGCUGCCACCUCUGUACUUUAACGCAGGCACAACUGCACCAUCACCUCCACCACCAACAACUGCUCCGCGGCUGUGUUUCUUUGACGAGUACGAAAAUUCAGCAGCAGCAGCGGCAAUGGCAGCAGCAGCAUGCACGAUUCCGGAUGAUGGGUAUGAUGACGACGAGGAGAAAAUUAAGCUGCGCGUACAGUCACGCAUGCUUCUGGGGAGUGCCAGUGUGGACGACGUUCCAGGACUGGAGCCUAGUCGACGUGCACCCAAACGGUGCUGCUCCACAACUUCGUUACGUAGUGGCAGUUCGCCAGGUCCUAAGCCCAACCUCAAACAUCAUAAACAUCCUCUGUUGCAUCCGACAUUUCCAUCUUUAUCUUCUUCUUCAUCUUCAUCAUCAUCAUCCACAUCUUCAUCAUCAUCAUCCACAUCUUCGUCAAGUAGCAGUGCUGAGACACUAGCAACAGCCGAUAACAGCAUGGGGUCUCCUGACGCACCGCAGGCCAGUGUGUCAUGGAGCCCCUGCCACAAAAAACUGCGUCGUCAGUCUUCAGACCAUUCAGGGUUGUUGCCUAUACGCCAAUCAUCUCCGCCAUCACCAAGCGCCACGACUGCAUCAUCGCCGUCUCUUGACUGUAUUGUUCCAGCAUCUCUUUCGUCAUCCACAUCAACGACUCCUCCUGAUGGUGACUCACAGGCUUUGGCAGACUGCAAGUCGGUAUCUGCUGCUACCACGGCUGCACUAUGUGACUUGUUUUUGAAAUCUCCAGGCCAAGUGUAUCUAAACCAGCAAACAUCACCUGCAAGCGGAUCCAAAUCAACAACGGCAAAUAUGGAGCCUUCAGCUUCGUCAAAGCUUAUUGCAUCGUGGCGUGCAAAUACUCUCAAACAGCGGCGCAAUACUCAACAGCCAACAGCAGCAGCAUCAGCAUCUACCAUCAGCGGAGGACCGUUUGCGCCGCUGCCUUUGCGUAAGUCUGGGAUGUUGGCAGCUCCACCGUUAAUGUUUGGAUCUUCUGAGCAGACAGGUUUAAGCAUAGGAUCCUUAUCGACAAUAUCAACCCAGCAACAGCAACAGCAACAGCAACAGCAGCAACAGCAACAGCAGCAACAGCAACAGCAGCAACAGCAGCAACAGCAGCAACAACAGCAACAACAACAACAACAGCAACAACAACAACAACAACAACAACCACUGCUACGAUUGACAGUGCCACCAAUCGACCCGUGUGGGUUUUGUUCGAACGGCACGCCUUGCGUUUGUGCCGAAGCAGCAGCAGCCGCGGCGGCAGCCACAGCCGUUGCGCUGACCUCAUCUGCAUCGACUAGCUCCUCAUCUCCUGUUAAUAGUGCCGCCACUACUAUGAAAACAACCACAACCACCACAACCACAACCACCACCACUACCAAAGGUGCCUCUAGUAAACCGUCUUCUUCGUCCGCUGGGAGUGGAUCUCUAGCGCCUUCGUUUUCGCGCACUACUCUUGCUCGACGUGCAGGCGUCAACGGCGGGUCUGGAGGAGUAGUGGGGCCGUUAUCAGGAUCAGGCGGGGUUGGGGUUGUUGCUGACAAACCAGUGAUGGUAACUGGAGGGGGGUCUGUUAGAAAUGGAAGUGAGAGUGGUACGGUUAUCGCAAGCUCGGUCGGAACUUCAAGCUCAGCAGCAGCAACAACAGAGAUAGGAUCCGGGAAUAGUUUGAUGUCUACAACUGCACCUCCGUCUCCGGCACCUCCAUCUCCUGCUCCGUCUCCUCCGUUUUGUAAGGAGUCCACUGCAGAGCUGGUUUCGACUUUUGGAGGCAUCAUGCUUUCCCCACCUUCCAAAUCUUUGUCUUCAUCUUCAUCUUCUUCUAAUACCCUGAUGACUUCUUCGGGUUUGUCGUCGUCGUCAUCAUCAUCAUCGUCUUCGUUAUCUAAAGACCCAAGUGUUCCACGGAAAGAUGCUGAUGGUGAUGUAGAGAUGUUGACUGCUGGGAUGGUUGAUGCAGCUGUGGUUGAUCAGUUGCUUGCUGUGGACUCGUUUAUAAAGUCUGAGCAAGAGAUUUCGGAAGCUGUUUCCUAA